AUGGCAGCAGUCGUCGUCUCCAUUCACCGUCCUUAUGCAAAUCCUUUGAUCUCUGAAAACACUAAUUCUCUCAAUCCUCACCUUAUAUUGAGUUUUCAUCAUCUUCCUCGGAAGAACAAGCAUCAGCUCCGAUGCUUAUCUGCGAAAUCGACUCCUUCAUCAAACCCAGACCCAGAAUCUCCUCAAGAUGAGGAAGAGGUGGAGAGUGUUGGAGUCAAAGCAGCUUUAGCAAUGCUCAGAUUCUACAAGAUAGAGUGUCUCUCGGAUUCGUUAAUGGUGUUUUCCGGUGAAAACAGGGGAGAUAUCGCCGGUGUUACCUAG